AUUUCUCAGGAGGACUACUUGGCUACAGAUGACAUGUUUGUUGACUACUUUAAUGAGUUCUUAAGUCUUCCGCAUUUUUUUGAGCCUGUCAGAUUUAAUAAAGACAUUGGAGCAUUUGAAAUUGUCAAUGAUGCAGAGGAGACUCUAACUAAUAGGAUAAAAGCCUUACUUUACAACUAUAAACCAAAGCAUCCUGUUUAUGAUGUGAUUAGAAAAACAACGCAACAAUUUCUUCAGCUAAAACCAGAACCAAAUCCUGAACUUGAGAUUGACAACAGCUAUAUUGUUAAGACGUUGGAGCGUGAACAAGGGCUUGCUUGGGUAAGGAAAGAAAGGCUUCCCUAUUUUUUACAAAGUGACUGCUACUUUGAAUACAGGAUUGCCAAGUUGCUUUCUCAAGUGGAAUGCAGUGCUGCAGGAAUGAAGUUGCAGAUAGAUUCAGGUUAUCGCCCCUGGUCUGUGACAAAAAAAAUUAGCCCCCCUUCCUCGUCAGAAAGUGAAAUGGAACUGAUUAUGAGGAAGUACUAUGCCUCUCUUGGUCAGACCUCAUUUACUCAGAGCAAAGAAUGGUUUACAUUGGCAAAAAGAGACCAAGAAAUGGUUACCACGCAGUCCUUGCAGAUACCUUUAACCUCUAUUCAGACGCGUGAAGAUUUACUGCUUCAUCAGAAAAAAUCUUGCCACCUUAGUAUCUCAGAGAGUCUUGGCAUGGAGUUAGUUGAGGAUGUCACAAGUAGGGUGGAUGAAGAUUUCAGCACUGCUGAUUCUUUUAAAGGCAGUGGGAUGGCCAGCAGCUACCACAUUAAGAAAUCUAAGAGUAUAGAUGAUGAAUGCUUUGCUUCUGUCCCAGAUUCUCCUUCUCAUGCACCACACUCCGCAUUUAUGGAAUUCAGAUCAGAAAGUGCCAUUGAAGCUGAGAAGCCUACACAGCUCUCUGAAGAAAAGAGCUAUGAAAUGGAAACCCAGAGAGUUCUUGUGGAGGAGAAAGCAUAUGCAUCAGAACAUGAAAGUUUACAUAGUUCUGAAUUGUGGAGCGAUGAAGAACCGGAAGAUGUUGAUGGUGAAGCUUAUGAUGAUGGCCAUAGUAUAGGACCCAAGUAUUACAAAUUUCUUACUCGAAAGGCAGUUGAAAAGUUUAAGUCUUUCCUGCACGGAACUCUGGGUGAGAAAUAUUGGCAUCUGUGGAUGGAUAUUGAAAGGUUAAAGGCUAUUAAAGACACAAGAUGGAAAUACAGCCAUUUGCGCAAGUUAAAAAACAACUAUCUGAUGAGUAUUGGGGAGUAUUUCUUGACUAGUGAAGUUCUUUCAAGGCUGACCCUUUCCUCAUCCUCUCACUGGACAGAGAAACGUCUUAAUGACAUUCAGCCAGAAGUCACCAAACAACUUCUUUUAUAUUGGGGUCCAAGGUAUUACAUAACUCAGUUUAUUCCUAAUAGAAACGCAAGUGCCAUGUUGAAAUUGUGGAAGGAAAGACAGUUGCGGCCCAAAAUCAACAUUGAUCCCUGUCCACCAACUAUAACUUUACUGCCUCUCAGAGCAAAAUCCUGCAUACCAAAAAGUAACUUGACAUCAUUAACACAGAUAUUGAAUGUCAUACAAAAAAAGGGAUCAGGAAAAUCAGUAAGAUCAGAUAUAUCUACACCAAAGCCCAAAGAACUGUUAUCAAUUAGCUUGGAAACAUCUAAAAGUACCUUGAGUCCAAUUUUAAGCAAAAUUGUUUCUAAACCAGGAGUUGUCAAGGAGCGACAAAGGAUGCACUCAGCAGGUAGUCUAACAUCAUGUUCCUAUGAGUCAACAAUCAGUACCUUUUCUGAAUCCAGUAAAGAUGAUAAAGAGGACCUUUCAGAAACACUGUCCAUUCAAAGCAAUACAGAGAGCCCAGUACUUGGAGGGGCUCAAAUGGAGAGGCUGCUUCAGGCUCUUUAUCAUGAUCCAAGAGCUGGAUAUUUUUUCACAAACUUUUGCAUAUGUUCAGGGAACAAGGUUUGGAAGAAUGGAGUACAUUUUUGGUUUGACCUUCAGGAAUACCACAGACUAUUUUAUCAGGAAACCUUCAGUCCUUUUAAGCUAGGACGACAGUCGCAGUUCUUGUAUUCCACAUACAUUCAAUUUGGUGGACCAAUGGACAUCGCCGUUGACCUGGACAGUCAGUACACCAUGUACCAGAAACUAGACCCACCUUUUGAGGAUCUUUUUGACAUAGCUGAGGAGUACAUUUUAACAAUGCUCUUGAUACCAUGGAUGCAAAUGUUAGAAUCUGACAAGACAAACUUCAAAAAGCAGGUAGAACUGAUGGAAGAAACACGUUAUCUAGAUUCAGUCUACUACAGAAAACUUCAAGCACUUAGACAAAAGAAUACAAGUCUGCAGAAGCAAGUCAGUAGCACACCUGAGCCAAGUCUAUCAGAGUCACCAGCUCUUUCAGGACGCAGCUUGUGGGGUGAUGUCCCAGAGCAGUUUAGAAAUGUUAAUCUGAACACUCUGUUGCGUAACCGAACAGAACUGGAACAUUUCAGUAACUUCUUACCAGACGGAGAACCCAGUAUGGACUUGAGGUGUUGGAUGGACAUUGAACAGUAUCGAAGAAUGCCUCACAAAGAUAAGACAAAAAGAGAAGACAAAGUCAAGGAAAUAAAGAACAAGUAUAUGAACAAAAAGUAUUUCUUUGGCCCAAACAGUCCAGCUUCCCUGGAUCAACAACAACAGGUGAAGCACUUAGCAGGGGGUGCUGGGAAGAUAGCAGUGGGUGCUGGGAAGAUCAUCAAAGAAAAAAUGUCUGCUCCUGCUUUAGUAGCAGUGCAGAAGCAUGCGCAAAAUCGCAUUGAGAAAAAGUGGCUGCCUCAGUAUCUGGCCACUCCAAACUUUUCUGAGAGGCAAAAGAAUAAGCUGGAAAUGGAAGAUGUUGAUGAAGAGAGUCAAGUUCCUAAAAGUAAAAAGAAAAAGGAAGCAUGGAAGGAUGUUGACAGUAAUUGGAUUUCUUCAUCCAAAGAAGCCAUUGCCUUCAGGAAAGCUCUGUCAAAUAAAGCCACCUGUCAACAAUUCCAACACUUUGUAUCAUUAAAGGGUGAUUAUUUGGAAAAUGGGGUUCUGUUCUGGCUGGAAGUACAGAAAUACAAGGACUUGUGCCAUUCCCACUGUGAUGAUGCUGUUAUUCAGAACAAAAUUACAACUAUUGUGAACUGCUUUAUUAACUCUAGCAUCCCACCUGCACUGCAAAUUGAUAUCCCCCCAGAGCAAGCAGAACGGAUCCUGUUGAAGAGAAGAGAACUAGGUCCUUAUGUUUUCCAAGAAGCAGAGACAACUGUUUUUGGCGUACUAUUCAAACUCUGGGGUGACUUUUGUAACUUUAAAAGCAAUGUUGAAGAACAGAAGGUGUUGUCGACUCUUGAAAAGAAAAAGGUGAAGCAAUUAGAGAAAUUGAAGAGGAGGAUGAAAGAAGAGGAAAAGCGAAUUAAGGGUCAAGGGGAGCCACAGCCUAUCCCGGCAGUAUUGGGUGCAGGGCAGGAACCAGCCCGGGAUGGGAAGGCAGUCCAUCGCAGGGAAGUAAAAGACAGCAGGAAAAAGGCAAGCAUUGCUGAAGAUUUAUUCGGUGAUCGUGAAAGUAUGUUUAUUGGCAGCCUUUUGGGAGGACAUGGAUUAAAAGAUUUGGGACAUGAUGCUUAUAAUUUACAAAUGUCUUGGUCAUACUCAAAAUACAUGGAGGCUUUAGAACAGGAGAGGUUAUUAUUACAGAUGCAUAGCGAGCAUGAGAGAGCAUCAUCUACUGUGUCUUCAAAUCCAGAGACAUCAUCAGUCCACAGCUCUAAAUCUGAAGCCACCAGAAGGACAAAACAAUCCACUGUGUCAAUUAAACCUCAUGGCAUGUCCCUAGUAUCCUGAAGGAUGUUUUCCGGAUAGUCCAGUCAAAUAUAGUUUCAUGGGCUGGACGUCCUAGUUAGUAUUCACUGGAUAAAGCCCACAAAGAAUGUCACAUUCAUUUUUUUUAAAUAUUUGCUUAGCUAUGGGAAUUAGUAUGCAUUUGAAUUGCUAUUCCCAAUAGAGUCUGAUUACAGAGAAGACUGAUAUACCACAAACUUGGUAUAGUUGAGUGAACUCAGUAGCUUUUUGUGCAGGAGUCAUUCAGUUGUCUAGGACAGGGGUAGGCAACGUCGGUCCUG